AUGGAGAAGUCUCAAAUACAAGAUAAGGAGAAAGAUUUAAAGAGAGACUACAGGAUGCUAAAAGAAGCAAGAAUGCAAAGUGGGGUUGGGUGGGAUGAAAGCCAAUUCAAGCUACAGGCUGAGCCCCAUCUUUGGGAAAAUCUGGAAAUUUCAUUUGGUACAAGAAUCAAGAGAUUCAAAACAAAAGCUUUUCCUCUCUAUGAUUCACUUGGACAACUUUAUGAAGGGAGCAUAGCUGAAGGCAAUUUUAACUUCACUUCAACCUCAACUACAUCAAGGGAGGAUCUGACACAAGUAAUAAGUGAUGACGAUGAACCUGAAGGAGAUACCGAGGCUGAUAUACCUGAGAGAGAAAGUGAAGAUGAACACGAAGUUAUGGAUCCAGCUCCAAGUGCUCAGAGUAUGACUCAGGUGGAACACCAAGUGAAAGGAAAAAGGGUUGCUGCUGCAAGGAACAAGCUUCCAAAGAUACCAAAGAGGAGUCCUAAGAAGAGGAAUUCCGAUGGAAUUGUGCAAGUGAUGGAGAGGAUGGUGCAAGUGCGUGAAAAGGAAGUCAAUCAAGAACAACCUCUACAGAAGUUCUCUAUUACCAGAUGCAUGGAUGCACUCAAGACAUUGGAUGGUAUGACAGGUUCUAUUAAAAUCCCUGCAUUGGAUGUCUUCAGGAUUGCCGACAAUCGUGAAAUAUUUCUCAACCUUGUUGAUGAU